AUGACGAUGACGAAUGUCGGGCCGGGGAAAAAUGACACUCAAUUCUUCAUCUGCACGACAAAGACGAAGUGGCUUGACGACAAGCACGUGGUGUUCGGGCAGGUGGUGGAGGAUUACAACGUAUUUAAGGUGGUGGAGAAUGUCGGGUCGGGGUUCCGCCGGACCUCGAGUCCGGUGAACAAGGCGAGGCACUCGCGGGUUGGAAGGGUUUUUGCUGGGAAUGGAAAGCUCAGGAAAAGGAAAGGGGGCUCGAGGAGUACUUUGGACUCCAAUUCCCCGGGGCAGCAAUUCAAGAGGGAAGUGCGUCUUCCACCUUAUUCGCGGGCGCGGAUCACUGAACUCGCAGGAUACGCGUGCACAAGCAGGGAACUCGCGGGAUAG